AUGCGCAACGCCACGCUGGAUUCAGAACAAUCCAACCCGUCUCCAGCGAGUCGCAGUGCGCGUUUAUCAUCAUCGUGCGCAUCUGAAUCAGAAAUCGAAACAUGUGAUGAAAGAGCAGGAUUGCUGGGAAACCGUCGAGUUAAAAAGAAGUCUAUGCAGGAGAGAUCGAAAAAUGAGCAACCCGCGGCUCUUCAUAGACCAAUUUCUAAUGCCAAUGAGGCCACCAGUGAACAUGUUGACCAACAGUUCGACCAGAAUGAUAGUUAUUCGACGGAUGAGGAAAUGCAAUCAGGAAAUGAGAUGUAUGGCUCCACUGUUGGCGCAACAAUCGCGUUGAAGUACAAUGAAGCUUGUCGUGCGAUUCACAGCGGACAUUUCCCAGAGCGAAUCGCCCAAGGUUCCAGCGGAAGUUAUUUUGUGAAGAAUAUUAAUAAUGAGAUUAUUGGUGUUUUCAAACCGAAAAACGAGGAACCUUAUGGCUCGUUGAAUCCGAAAUGGCUGAAAUGGAUGCAUCGCGUGUUUCUUCCUUGCUGCUUUGGACGCAGCUGCUUGCCACCUAAUCAGGCACGUCUCCUAUUUUUUUCCGGUCAAAAUAUUUAUUCAUGUCCAAAACUUAAUAGAUCAUUACUGAAACACUUGAAUGAGAGAAAGGAUUAUCAGGGAAUGGGAGAAUAUAACAUCGGUAUUCAUAUUAGAAAGCUGCGGUGUGAAAAAAAGCAAGCUGAAGGAUUCUAA